UCAUCAUCAUCCUGAAGGGUCACCACCAUUAGCAAAGGAAGGUUACUGCACUAGAAACACGGAUUAGAACCGUUUUAACUAAAAUGUCCCUUUUUCGAGCCACAUCUGGAGCUUGUCGGUAUGUUCUACCACGAGCAAGGCUUCUGGCAUCGCAGUCCGUACAGGCGAGAACGUACGCUGACGCCCAAAUGCCACUCACAUUUGCAUCGCCUAUCGAGUCAUUCUACAACAAGGUCGAUGUUAAGCAGGUCGACGUACCGUCAUACAGCGGCAGCUUCGGUAUCCUUCCAAACCACGUACCGGCACUGGCAGUCUUAAAGCCGGGCUUGCUCACCGUAUUUACGAAAGAGGGAGAUGCCAAGAAGUUUUUUGUAAGCAGCGGUACAAUUACCGUUAAUGAAGACUCCUCAGUGCAGAUACUAGCCCAGUCAGCGGUGCCAGUCGAGCGGUUGGACCCAAAUCUAUGCAGGGAAGGUCUCGCCAAGGCGCAACACGCUCUGACUUCCGCAUCAACAGAUGAAGCAAAAGCUGAAGCACAGAUUGAAGUUGAAGUGCACGAGGCCAUGGUCAAAGCCCUUGAUUAAAUGAGCCUUCGGCAGAGUUCUAGAUGACUGAAAUGUAUAGGGAAGUGCACCAGUGUUUCAAUAAAAUAAGACCAGCUUGUGUUGUUUGAGCA